UGUAAGGAUAGUAAAGCGCGUUACAAAAUGAAAUUGAGACGUUGCAAUGGAGACGAUCCGUACGAAAUACCAAAAAAUCAAUGGCUCGACGAUAUCGAUCUGUGGCCAGCUGUCAGCUACAUUGAUAUUUGCAUGUAUUUAUUAUUUUCGGUCAGUCCGUACACGAACGAGCAGUUGAAAAACUAUAAGAGUCUUGAUAGUUAUCAAAAUUUUGUGAAUGGACGGGUACGUGAAAUGUUGGUGAAAAAAUAUGGCGAUCAUUGCUUGCUUAUUGCUAAGGUUAAUCACUCUCAAAGAAUGUCGGAGAAGCCACUUACUCCUUGUGUUGUUUGCGAAAAGAACGGCAAAGUAUUAACAGCGCACUGCGAUUGUAUGGCAGGAAUAGGUGAAAGCUGCUCUCACGUCGCUUCACUUCUGUGGGCUGUUGAAGCUGGUGCACGAAAACGAGAUUCUUUAACUGUGACUGAUAAGAAGGCAUACUGGGUCCUUCAAGUGCUGUCAAGGUUGUGCCAUACGCUAAAGUACAGCAUAUCAAUUUUAGUAAAUUUAAUAAGAAAUGCGAAGGAAAAGUGCAAAGAAAUCCAAUUUCUGCCCCAUCGUUAGAAUUGGAUGAAUAUUUUAAAACUAUUAGUUCUGCCUCAUCAAAACCAGCAAUACUUUCUUUAAUACAUCCAUAUUCUGAUUGUUAUGUGCCUAAAGCCUUGCACUCUGACUUGCCACCAGUCAUAAGUGAUCUUUAUGAUCCCACACUAUUAGACAAAUCACUACAAACUUUGCUGGAAUUAUCAGAGUCGAAAC